CAAAAAGUUCUCGCGGCGGGGCAGCAAAAAAAGUGACAAAUCCAAAAUAACCCCACGGCUUCAUAUUUCCAUCAAGAGUCAUCGACUCUAUUUUCCUUUUCAUACUUUAUUAUUUGUGUUGUUUGAUCCCAUCAGGCAUCGCAAUCAUGUCGAUGGAUUUGGAUGAUGCCGUCCCCAUGGAGGGUUUCCAGCAGGAAUCAGCUGCAACUAUUCUUUGCUGCAACUGUGGUGCCCCCAUCGAUGGAACAAGCUCGGCAGGCGCGCUGUGUGGAGAUUGUCUUAGGUUGACAGUGGAUAUUUCGCAAGGAAUUCAGAGAGAAGCUGUUGUAAACACCUGCAAAGACUGUGAACGUUGGCUGCAGCCUCCCACAAGCUGGGUUGUUGCCGCGCCCGAGUCCAAGGAACUUCUCGCCCUGUGCCUGCGCAAACUUCGAGGUCUCGCCAAGGUCCGCAUCAUCGACGCAGGAUUCAUCUGGACCGAACCCCACUCGAGACGUAUCAAGGUUAAGAUCACCAUUCAGCAGGAGGCUUUCCAGGGCACGAUUGUGCAGCAGACAUUUGAGGUGGAAUAUGUGGUUGCCACUCAGCAAUGCCCGGAUUGUCAAAAGUCGUAUACCCACAACACCUGGCAAGCGUCGGUCCAGGUGCGACAGAAGGUGCCUCACAAGCGAACUUUCCUCUACCUCGAACAGCUUAUCCUUAAGCACGGCGCUCACCAAGAGACGGUUAACAUUAAAGAGGCAAAGGAUGGACUGGAUUUCUUCUUCGCUAAGCGGAACCAUGCUGAAAAGAUGGUCGACUUCUUGACGUCUGUUGCCCCGGCCAAGACCAAAAAGUCGCAAGAACUCAUCUCUAUGGAUAUCCACACAUCCACCAAGUCUUACAAGUUCACUUACUCUAUGGAGCUGAUUCCCAUCUGCAAAGAUGAUCUGGUUGCUCUGCCAAUCAAGCUGGCUCGCUCCUUGGGUAACAUUUCGCCCUUGACUCUCUGCUACCGUGUUGGCAGCUCGGUCAACCUGCUCGACCCCAACACCCUUCAGACAACAGAUGUCCCUACCGGAACAUACUGGAGAUCUCCCUUCAAGAACUUGGCAGACGUCACCUCGUUGGUGGAAUUCAUCAUUAUGGACAUUGAACCAGUGGGCCGAUCGAACGGCCGAUUCCACCUUGCCGAGGCAACCGUUGCGCGUGCUUCAGACUUGGGCUCGAAUGAUCAGACUUACUUCACUCGAACUCACUUGGGUGGAGUUCUGCAUGUUGGAGACACCGUGCUUGGUUACCACUUGACUGGAGCCAACUACAACGACCCCAACUUCGAAGCCAUCGAGGCCAGCAGCCAAUAUAGCUCCACUAUCCCCGACGUGGUACUAGUCAAGAAGUUCUACGCCCGUAAGAAGAAGAACAAGACUCGCGCCUGGCGACUCAGGCGCAUGGCCAAGGAGUACGAAGAUGAGGCGAAGCAAGCCGCUGCCUCUGGUGGUGGUGGCACUGGCAACCGCAAGCAAGACCAGGAACGCGACCGCAUGGAAGCCGACUUUGAAAUGUUCCUUCGGGACGUCGAAGAAGACCAGGAUCUGCGGGGUACACUCCAAUUGUACAAACAGAACCAGCAAGCGAACCGACAAGAAGGCGAUAUGGAUAUGGAAGAAGAUGGCGAGAGUGAUGACGAGGUGCCGAAGAUUAACAUGGAUGAGUUGCUUGAUGACUUUGACGAGUUGAACAUGCACGAUAACGAAUGAGCUUCUUGGUCAAGAGGUUUAUAAUCAUGGUUUGCGGUUUGCACAAUUGGGGGUUCUGGCGUACAGGCAAUGAGAUCCUUACGAAUGACUGAUAUCUUUGAUCUUUUGGUGUUUAAAAGUGAAGAUUCCUCUAAGAG